UAUCCGUCAGGAAGUUGAUAGCAAAGCCACAUCUACUACCUCAUUUACGAUUCUAUGCAUUUCUUAGUGAACUCAUAAUUAAUUAGCUUCUUUUCUCACGCAAUAAAAUCCAUUUUAACAAUAAUUAUUGACUAAAGAAGACUAAAAAAAUUAAACAUGCAAAGUAAAAAAUAUCGUGUGUCAGAAAGAAGACGAAGUAGUAGUGUUAGUGAAGAAAAUAAUGGAAAAUUUAACAAAACUUUCAAGAUUACAAUGUUAGUUAUUUUUUUAUUAUGUUUAAUCAUUAUUAUAGGUAGUUGUACUAGUUGGAAAGCGAACUCUUAUAAAUCCAACUCAGAAACAAAUGAUACAUUUCGUUCAGAAAAAUAUAAAGAAGGAGUAAAAGAAGAAGAAGAAUAUUUAAAUGAGGAAGACAAUUUCGAUAUGUAUGUUACUACUACCCAAAAAUCUGAUUUAAUCUCAUUCACUACUCAUCAAUCAUUGAAAACUAGUCAGCUUGACACAAACCGAUUAACUAGUACUCCAAAGACUAAUGAUCUUGAUACAAUCAAAACUAGUAAUACUGAUAUCACUCAGACUGCAACUAGUUUUAAUGAGACGUCUUUCACAACAGAUUAUAAUAAUUACACUAGUGAUGAAAGUAAUGAUAUGGGUGAUAACAAUACAGUGACACCUCAUUAUGAGUUUAUGACUGCUUAUGCAAAUACCUAUCCUGACAGUACACAUAAUUACAGUCAUGAUGAUCAAUCAACAACAAUAUUAAAUGUAAUAACUACCUAUGAUUGGCUUUUAAUUAUAUCAAAUAGCACAACAUACAGCUCUAAUGAAAUAUCCUAUGAUUAUGAAUCUACUACUACGCCAACAUUCGUAGAAAGAACUGAAAAUAAUUAUGUGUCAACUCCUGAAGAUGAUAGUUCCUUAACAACUGAGAAUAAAAGUUACGAAACAACUUCUACUAUAAAUAUUAACUUAUUAAUUACUGAAAAUUCGGAUCAUUCUACAACUGAUUCUGCUACAAGUAUUGAUGUAUCAACAAUAGAAAAUGAUAACUAUGAAACAACUUCUUCGGAGUAUGACGUAUCAAUAACUCAAGACAAUUAUGAUUAUACAACUCCUUUUGAUACAACUUAUUCUACAAAUAAUGUUAAAUUAAUUACUGAAAAUAAUGGGUAUGAUGAAAUGACAACAGAAAAUGUUGACAAUGAAUUCAAAGUAACUUCAACAGAAACAAAUGAACGAUUGAUAUCUGAUGAUGUAACUGAAGGAAUUGAUCGAAAUAAGGAUAACAAAGUACAUAUUUGUGAAUCUGGUAGCUGUAAACGUUUAGCAAGUAAAAUGUUGUCGUAUAUGAAUCAUUCAGUAGAUCCAUGUGAGGAUCUGUAUGAAUAUGCUUGCGGUGGUCUGGAAGCAGAUCCUCAGAUAAUAAGCCAAGAUUUAUCAAAACAAGUAUUUGAUCAAAUCAAAAGAUCUUUAAAAAUGCAUGUGAAUAAUACAUGGUAUCAACCCUUUGUAAAAUACUUAGAUAGCUGUAUCAAAUAUGAUGAAUAUUUAAUAGAUGAUGAAAAACUUAAAGAAGUAAAAAAAAUCGUCGAAAAUAUUGGAUUUUUUUAUACACGAGAAACAUGGCCUAAAAAUAGAAAUUAUUCUGAUAUUCUUUCACAGCUUAUUGCUGAUACGAUUUUAAAUAAUAACCCACUAAUGUUUGAUAUUGUACCUGAAGUUCAUGAAACUAAUUCAAAAACAUUUAUUUUACAAAUAAUUCCAACAAUUGGUAAUUCAAGAUAUUUUCAAGACUCUAUAAAACAAAAAUUCUAUGCUCAGAGCAUUAAUGAUAAUGUUACUCAAUGGUUGAAUGAAGUGGAGAGUUUGUUUAAAAAAAUUAAAAAAUUCAUUAUUGAUCAAGAUAUUGAUAUAAAUUUUCAAACUCUUCACCAAUAUUUCAUGAGUUAUCCAUCUUCAACAAGUCACAUAAAUGAAAUAUUUGAAGAGAAAGAUUAUAUAAUUUUAACUAUUAAAGAAUUACAUAGUCAAGCAAGCUUAAUUGAAUGGACAUCAAUAAUUUAUAAACUUACUGGAAUAAUAUUGGAACCAGAUGCUCAGAUUCAAAUUUAUUUCCAUCAUCAAAUAUUUGAUGCUUUAAAGAAAUUCGAGCACAGUGAUGAAUCUCAGCAAAUUCAAUUUUAUAAUGCACUUGUUGGACUUUAUACUACAAAUCUUUACAAACAAAUGGUUUUCAAUAGAAUACAUUCAUAUGAACAAUGCUUAACUAUCUCCAUGAAAUUUUUACCAAGUCAAAGUUCCUCAUUAUAUAUGUCUGCACUUUCCAAAAUUCAACUAUACUACUUUGAACAAUUUAUAGAUGAUAUUUUUAUGGAAUUGAAGGAAACACUUAAGUUGAAAUUUAGAAAAUUACAAUGGGCAAGUAUUGAAGGUCAAGAAUAUCUUUUAAAAAAAUUGGCUGAUAUUAAAUUAUCUUUACCAGAUACUUUAAUUUACAAUGGUUCACCAGAACAAUUAACUGAUAAUUUUUUCACCAAUACAUUAGUUUUGAUGAAAAAAUAUAGAGAAUCAAUGUAUAGUGUUUUAAAGAGUGAUCCAAAUGAUCCUAAAGAAUUAUGGACAUAUUUCGCAAGUCCUUUUCAAACUUCUCCUCAAACCAUUCAUAGUCUGAGUGUCAUUCUUAUACCUUUUGGAGCCAUUGACUGGUUUAGUUUUCAAUAUAAUCAAAAAUUUGAUUAUUUUAUUUUCGCAAGUAUUGGAAAUCUACUAGCUCGUGAAAUAGCACAUUUUUUUGAUACUAAUGGUAUGAAAUAUUGGAACAGAACGCGAAUUGGUUCUCCAUUUGCGUCUAUUAACGAUGAUUGGACUAAAGCUGCUUAUCAUGAGUUUAUUAAUUGCCAACGGAAUAUUUUAUUUCAUGAGCCAAUUGAAAUUACUGUUCCAUUAGAUAAUCAACGAAUUCAAUAUCAGGUACCUCCAUCAACACUAAAUGAAAGAUUAGCUGAUGUUGUAGGCAUAAAACUAGCUCAGGAAACUUUGAAUAGAAUACAUACAUCACAUGUUACAAAAUUACUUCCUUGGCUACCUUUGAACACUCAUCAACUUUUUUUUCUUGCAUACACUCAGACAUAUUGUACUAAAUCUCGACUUGAAGAUUUUAACAUUUUUUCGUAUGAAAUAUCUACAUUACCUAAUCGUGUCCGCAUAUUUGCAGUAGCAGUAAAUAAUAAAAAUAUCGGCGAAGCCUGGAAUUGUCCGGAAGGGUCACUAACGCUUCCAAUAUCUCUUUGUGAUGUUUUCCCAGAUCUUAAUUAUGAUAGAGAUAUAAUGGAAAACGUACAAAUUUCUAUUAAUUAAAAAUAUUUUUACCCAUGAUUUUUAUUAUUCUCCAUAAUCAAUGGAUCCGUACAUUCUUUCUUAGCACUUUCCAAUUUUUCUAGAAUGUUGAAAAAUUAAUUACAUCUUAGCGAAAUAACAAACCAACAUAUAAAAACGGUAAAUUUUAAAUAUUUUUAAGUUUAUUUAAUUAGAAUAAAUUGUUAGUAAG